AUGACCCGCAAGACCCUCUCCAUAGCCGGCAUCGCAGCGCACACCGCACCGGCCGGACUGACAGGCUUCGUACGCUGGUUCUGGCACCACCGGCGGAACAAGAAGAACGGCGACCCGCGCAAGGAGAUCUCGUUUGCGGAGGGAGUCGAGAUUGUCAAGGCUUUCCUGGCGUAUGCGGCAAAGCAUGGGGUGGGAGAGUUGCAGCGGUUCACGGCGAGCAAGGUACCCAGCGCGACCUGGGUCUCGAAAGUGGCUGUCCCCGUCGCACAAGCCAACAUCAACGAAGCCGCGCACCUCUUGCGGAAAGCGCUCGCGGUCGACCCGAAGACGGAGGAGUUGGUCGGCGGGCAGACGUGGUGGACGCUGAGGGGGAGGGAGUUGUCCGGCGAGUGGAUUGAGAUGAAGAAGGAUAAGCUGAGACGGGGAGCUAAGCCGCCUGAGAAGGUUCUUCUGUACUUGCACGGCGGCGCGCACUUCUUCAGUUCGCUCGAGACGCACCGAUACCAGAUCGUGCGACAUACCCGCAAGCUCGGCGCACGAGCGUUCGCUCUUUCGCAGCGUCUCGCCCCCCAAUACCCCUUCCCCUGCGCCCUGCACGACGCCCUCGCAGCGUACCUAUUCCUCAUCUGCCCUCCAACAGACGGCUCAGUCGCGCACGAACCGAUCCCGCCAGAGAAUAUUGUCGUCAGUGGAGAUUCGGCGGGUGGGGGGUUGGCGCUGUCGCUCCUCGUCCUCUUGCGCGAUCUGGGUCUCCCGAUGCCGGCCGGAGCGACGCUCAUCUCGCCCUGGGUCGACCUCGCGCACUCGUUCCCUUCCGUCGGCGGCAGUGGCGAAGGCGACUACAUUCCCCCAAACGGCUUCAUCUACCGGCCCGACAUCGUCUGGCCCCCUCCUCCCUCUCCCUCCCAACGUCUUUCCCAAGUCCUAGUCGGCGAAGAACACCUCGCCGCACAAGGUCUCGACAUCCGCGUGGAAAUCGACGAACAAGUACAGAUGUACGCGCAUAAUAGGUUGCUGGAUCAUCCGCUUGUUAGUCCGGUUAAUCAAGGGAGUUUGGGAGGUUUGCCGCCGCUUUAUGUCUGUUGCGGAGGGAGCGAGCUCUUGCACGACGAGAUCAUCUACAUCGCGCACAAGGCCGCCAAUCCAACCUCCUACCCACCCGCCCAACGAAUCUUCACCCAAUACCCCUCCCAGCGCAAACACUACGACACGCACUAUCCGCCUACGAAAGUCCAGUUACAGGUGUUUGAUGGAGGGUGUCAUGUCGCGACUACGUUGAGUAUUACCAGUUUGGCGAAAUACAUGUUCCGCGGAGUGGCGAACGCGGGGUUGUUCUUCCUUGCUGCUGCGAAGGCCAAGAAGGAGCGACAACUUUCCGCGUCAGCCGACCAAGCAACGCCCGGCCACCGCACCGACAGCGACGCUACCUCCGCCUCGACGACUUCGGCGGUCAACCCUUCCGCGAUCGUCGAGCCCGUUUUGCAGCGCGAGGACCACGCUGCUGCGAACGCGACGACCCACAAGGACGUCGAGCGAGACGAUGACUCUGAAGGUUCCGACUCGGACGCGAACAGCGAGUCGUCCGCCUCGAGCGUCUCAGCCGACGAGGAAGGUCCGCAUGCGGAGAAUGUCCCUCCCGAGCGAGUGACCGCGACGGGCCACCUCCCGUCUUUCUCCACUACCUCUUCCGCCGGCCGCAAAGCCGCCCACAUGAUCCGCCAGCGCGUCAAUCUUCACGGCUUCAUCCGCCCUCUCGAAGCACCUCACGAGCUCGAUGGGUGCACGAUGAAUCCCGAACAUAUCGGGUUGUUGCACGCCGGACCGGUGCGGAAGUGGUUGGCGCAAAGGAGGGAGUGGGACGACUUGUUCGAGAAGGACUUGAAGUAUUGGAGGGAGGUGAAGAGUCGGGAUCGGGAGACGGCGGAGAGGGAGGGGUUCCUCCUUGGCCAAUUUGUCGGGGAGAACCCGCCCGCGGGCAGUAUUGCGGGUUGGCACGAUCGGGAGAUGGCGAAGAAGGCGGCGAGCAGUGUUGACGAGGCCGGGAAGAAGACGAGCGCGACGCUCGCGUUGUCAGCUUGGACUAACAUCUCCAACAAGCCGGAUGAGGAUGUUGCGGGCGACAAGAAGGUGGAGGAGGUCAGGGCGCAGGUUGGGAGGGAGCAGGCUGAGGAGGCGGAACAGAACCCGGCGGCUUAG